GCAGCAGGGAAAUUCACGUGUAGCUCAACCUGGGACUAGUUUAUUUACCUCCUCACGGCCGGCUGAUCUAGAGCAGUGUGACGAGCUUUAUCUUCAUGAAAGUCAGUGAAGCUUUCUUCACCUCUGUUUUGAAACAGAAGAGAUGAAACACAGCCACUGCGUCCCAGCUUUUGUCAGCAAACUUUGGACACUUGUAGAGGCUCCGUCAAAGAACGACCUGAUCUGCUGGAGCCAAGAUGGCUGCAGUUUUCUUGUCCAGGAUGAACAGCGGUUCAGCAAGGAAGUCCUGCCUCUUUACUUCAAACAUAGCAACAUGACCAGCUUUGUGCGCCAGCUCAACAUGUAUGGCUUCCACAAAGUGGUACACAUGGACACUGGCUUGCCUAAAGCUGACAACCAGGUUAAUUGUGUCGAGUUUCAGCACGAGAACUUCCGGAGAGCUCAACCUCAUCUGUUGGGCCUCAUCCACAGGAAGGUUUCAGUUAGCCGUGGAGUUGAAGAGGGAGGGCAGGUGUCUCAGGUACUCAUUCAGGUUAGUCAUGUCAGAGGCUGGCAAGACUCCUCAGACCUCAAACUCGUGGCUUUGUGCAGGGAUAAUGAGAGCUUGUGGAGAGAACUGGACUCAUUAAAACAGAACUAUCAGCAUCAGCACAAAAUCAUACGCAAGAUUAUAAAGUUCAUCAUCAACAUCGUUCAGUCAAAUGGGAUAAAAGGUUGCAAAAGAAGACUCCCCAUGAUCGACAAUUCUGGGGAGUUUCAGUCCGCACCGAAAUAUGCCCGUUCCUUCAGUAUGAAUCCCACCCUUACCACUUCCCCCCUCCAAGAGAUCCCUUCAUUGCAAGAGCUGGAUGCGUCACCGGCUGAUGUGUACUCACAUGGCAUGAUCCUCUCUGACAUCACCCACCUACUGGAUCCCACACCUGAGCCUAGCAGAGAGCCAGUAACACAAAGCUUCCCUGCAACUCAAACCACAUUUUUAUCUUCAACCUCCCCUACUCUUCCCUCCAUGGAGCUGGCGUUGACUUUGCUAGAUGACCCAGCUGCCCAGGAGUCUGAGGAAAUACCCUCUGAAAGAAAUGAUGUGUCUGAUCCACUGGCGCUAAUUGACUCCAGUUUAGCAGCGAUCCGCUCAUGCUCUCCACCCUCACCAGACCUGGACAAUUUCAGCAAGAUCCUUAGUCCUAGCUGCCACAUCUCUGCUGUUAAAGACUCAAACACAAACACCGAGAGCAAACAGAGAAGCCAGAAUGAAGCCGAUGCGCUACCUCACACCGACACAGUUACACAGCAGCAGAGCCUGCAACAAAAUGCAGACCCGGAGCAGGAGUGCUACGAUAGUGGAGAGUAUUCGGAUAUCUUACCAUCCCUUCUGCAGCUGGUGCAGGAAGCAUCUAGCCUCUCCUUCAGUAACACUACACUGCCUUUAGAGCUCUCUUUUGUCAUGUAAAACUGUAAUGCAUUUGAUAUUGUGCUGUGCUGUUUGAUAGUAAAAAGUGGUAUCUAAAAGACAAUAGUUGAUAGUUCUGCCGUUUAAUGAAAGGCUCAGCAUCAUUAUGCGGCAAUUUGAUAUAUGUCAAUUGUUAAUGAUGUAAAUCAUAUACAUUUUCCAUCAUGUAAUGCAAUAGACCAAAAUGACGGAAAGCACUUUGAAUGAUCUGUCAGUGUUUUUUUUUUAAUUCGGUAAAUGAUGGAUACAAUAUAUAUAUAUAUAUAUUAGUAGCACUAAAACAUUGAAAAUGUUCACAAAAAAGUAAAGUAAUAUUAAUUCAUCAUAGCAUCUCCCACAUGAUGCAAUAUAUAUAAUUCAUAAACAGUUUGUUUAAUAGUUCAUCUUCUUUAAUAGUAAAUUUCUCCACUGAAAUAAAUAUAUGGUUGCCAACUAUAUGAUAGCAUAUUAGUUUUGAGACAAAAGAUUGUUUACAAUGAUUUCUGAUGUGAAUCAGUUAUUUUGCUGUACUUGAUUGUUAUAUAUUGUCUAAAUGAAGGCCAGAAUAUAGGCUAUACGUUUAUUCCUUAAACAUAUUAGUAUAGUUUAUUUUAGGUUUUUGAUAUGUGUGUUUUCAUGUAAAAGUGAAUUACGUAAAAGCAAAAUAAAAUGUUCUAAAAUUU